AUGGAACGACAGAGUAGUCAGAGACGGAGGACUUCUCUCCGUCAGUCGAGACACGCCUUCCCGAUAACAACAGACCGGCAUUCUUAUCGGCCAUGGCCCAUGCUAAGCUGGUCGCUGGUAGCAUGUCUGCUGAUUGUGCUGGCAUAUCUCUUCCGACCGCCGAGCAUACCACCUCUAGGGCAUUGGGUGUCUCCGGCUUCCCAUCCACACUGGGAGCUACAUGAUACCAUCGCGCCCCGUCCACGGAUCGAGCUUCACCCCGAGGAUCAUGUGUACCGCCCAGCACAUACACAGUAUCUGGACUGGCGCAUCACUUCUGGUGAUCGCAGACCAGAUGGCGUGCUCAAGCAGGUUUAUUUGAUUAACAAACUCUUUCCCGGUCCGACAAUUGAAGCUCGCUCGGGUGAUACGCUGAUCAUUUCGGUCACCAAUGCCCUCCCAGAAGAGGCUGUUGCUCUUCAUUGGCACGGCCUGCAUAUAUCCAAUGCCAUGGACGGGGCAGCAGGCGUGUCGCAAUGUCUCAUCGCCCCCGGUAACCAGUUUGUCUACAAUGUCACCAUUCCCUCCCAUCAAAGUGGCACGUUCUGGUAUCAUGCCCAUUCUGGUGUUGCGCGGGCGGACGGACUGUACGGUGGUCUGGUGGUUCAUGCCCCGGCUUCAAAGUCAGCUGUACGCGGAUUAAUGUCUCAAAGUCGCAUUGAUUCCCAUCGGUUCGCCUAUGAUAAGGAGCUUCUGCUUCUGAUUGGUGACUGGUACCACCGGCAAGCAACAGACGUCCUCGCAUGGUACAUUUUGCCAGGCUCUUAUGGGAACGAGCCAGUUCCUGACUCUCUCUUGAUCAAUGGAGCCGGCCAUUUUGACUGCUCAAUGGCGGUCCCAGCUCGUCCAGUGGAUUGCAUUAACCAGCAGCUCAAUCCAUCAUUUCUUGACCUCGAUCGUGAUACAACCUACAGAAUCCGUGUAGUCAACACUGGGGCUAUUGCGGGAAUAUCUCUUGUAUUUGAACGCGAGCAACUAGAUCUCAUCCAGGUGGACAGUGUCGACGUGGAGCUUUCUAGGGAGAAAGGCAUCAACUCUAUUGGCACUCUGUUCCCUGGACAGCGCAUGGACUUUGUCCUUCGCCCGCCACAAGGAUCUGGUAAACAAUCCUCCAUGACCGUACAACUGGACCAAGAGUGCUUCAAAUAUAUUAACCCAGCUUUGACUCCGGAUCAAAUGAUCCCCAUCAACUACGAGACUCCUUCACUCUCGGAUGCCCCCGAGACAUACCCAAAUGUGCGGCACCACAUCAACAUCGAAGAGGUGCCAUCCGCGGCCUCCCUGCUUCAGCAUCUGCCAAUAAAGGCGCAACAGACCCAUGUGGUCUACACUAAGAUCCAAAAAAUGGCGAGAAACCACAAUGUUCCAUUUGGGUAUUUCAACCACACCACAUGGAAACCCCAGAAAGACCCGGCUGUGCCACUUGUCAGUCUCCCGAGAGGCAAAUGGGAUGAAAAUCAAUUUGCCUUUACAACGGGACCAGAAUCUGCGUGGGUAGACCUCGUCGUGAACAAUCUUGACGAGGGACCCCAUCCAUUCCACCUGCACGGUCACCACUUUUAUGUUCUUGCAGUCCACGAAGCCGAUGUGGGCUGGGGAUCGUUCAAUCCGUUCGUUGAUGCUGUUCCUCCCGGCCAAGUGCCUGCAGAGGCGCAGCCGGACAUGCGUAGCUCAAAAAAUGGCGAAAAUCAUCCCAGCAUAUUCUAUCCUUACGACCUCACCCACGCAUUUCUCCGCGACAACGUCCAUAUUCCCAGCCGCGGCUUUGCUGUCCUCCGCUUCCAUGCCAAUAACCCGGGCGUGUGGAUGUUUCACUGCCAUAUUCUGUGGCAUCUCGCUACGGGUAUGGCGAUGCUUAUUGAUGUACAAGGUGAUCCGACGGGACUAGCUGCGCACGAUGCAUCUUUAUUCUCCGCAGACGGAGGAGGAUCGUGCUCGGUUCCUUGA